GUUUUCUUGACUUUAGAGUGACCCUUAUCUGAGUCUUAGAGAGUCCAGAAUUCAUUCCUUUAUUAAUAAAUCUUACAAACAUAUAAAUUAUUUUAAUAACAUUUUUAUUAAGAAUAAAAAUAUAAAAUUUAGGAAAAGUUUUCCACAAUUCACUGCCCCUUUCUCCAAAUCAUUAUUACUGAUAAUGUUAUUUGUGCUCUGCCACUUAGUCGCUAUCGCCGCUACAUACAAGUUUCAUUUUGUGCUGUGCUUAAAAUCAUAAUUUAAUCCUCAAGUCUUCAAACCUUGAAAAAUGUCACAGCUGCCGGCAACAUUUGUGCAGGGUUUCCAUGAUGAGGUCUCCGUCCGGAAGAUGGAAUACCAGGCAUUGGGACGUACGGGUUUGUCUGUGUCUAAGAUUUCUCUCGGUACUGGAACUCUAAGUCCAUUCUAUGGGAGCAUCACCGAGGAAGGAGCUUGUGAGACUGUACGAGAAGCUCUCCGGCGGGGUAUUAACUACAUCGAUACUGCCUACUACUACGGCCAGGGAUGCUCGGAAAAAUUCCUCGGAGUUGCCCUGAAAACCAUUCCAAGGAAGGCUUUCUACAUUGGCACGAAAAUUGGAAGGUAUGAGAUGGAUGUGGCGAAGCAAUUUGAUUUUUCAGCUGAGACAACAAGACGUAGUGUUGAGAGGAGUCUCAAGAACUUGCAGCUGGACUACAUUGAUGUCAUUCAGAUUCAUGAUGUUGAAUUUGCACCGAAUCUUGAUGUUGUUCUCAAGGAAGCUCUACCUACGUUGGAAGCUCUGCGAGAUGAGGGAAAAGUUGGCUACAUCGGGGUUACGGGAUACCCACUGAAUGUCCUGAAGCAGGCAAUUGUGGGAGCUCCUGGACGUUUCGACACCGUUCUAGCCUACACACGCUACUCUAUGAUAGACGACAGCUUGACACGCUAUCUGGAUUUCUUUUUGAAAGAGAAUUUGGGGGUGAUUUGUGCUUCAGGACACGGAUUGGGAUUGCUGAGUCAGAAUGGACCACAAUCUUGGCAUCCAGCUGGCGAGGAGAUUAAGACAGCCUGUCGCGAAGCAGCCGAGUUGUGUCGCAAAGAAGGACUCGAACUAGGUCGCCUAGCAAUGGGAUACUUUAUCCAACUAGCCGGUCCUGCCACCUUUCUCGUUGGAAUGCAAUCCCUGGAGCUGCUCAACAUGAACCUCGAUGUCUACUUCAAUGGACUCACAGACAAGGAAAAGGCCCUCAUUGAUCGCAUAAAGCGAGAGAUCUUCUCAAAGCUAAAACAAACCCACUGGGAGGGUGUUGAAGUGGCACGCUACUGGAGCGAGAUGGAGAAGAUUGGCAAAAAGAGAGAGUAAAAAAAAUUCAGUGAAAAUCAGGUAAAUCUUUCAAAUAAAGAUUGGCUCUAUGAGAAAAUACAAAAA